AUGGCCACUCUGCUGCGGAAAAUCGGGCUGAUCCGGCUGCACAGCCGGGACACGGAGGACCCCAAGCACCACCACCGCAGCAGCAGCCAGCAGGGCUCCUCGCUCCGCGGCAGGGGCAACCAGAAGAACAGCAGCAACAAGCCGCAGCCGCAGGGCCCCCCCGGGGGCGGCUGCAGCAGCAGCAGCAGCGAGGGCAGCCCCGGGGGCCCCAAGAACAAGAAGGCGCCGGAGCCGGCCAAGCAGCCCCCGCAGCAGGCGCGCUCGGGAGUCGGCCGGGAGAAGCCGCGGGAGGCGGGCAGGGAGCCCGGCGCCGGCAAGGAGGCGGCACAGCGGCCCGGCCCCGGCUCCGGCCCCGGGUGCGGGUCGGGGCCGGCGGCGCUGGUGCCCGCGGGCCGGCAGCAGCACUGCACGCAGGUGAGGACCCGGCGGCUGAUGAAGGAGCUGCAGGACAUCGCGCGGCUCAGCGACCGCUUCAUCUCGGUGGAGCUGGUGGACGAGAGCCUCUUCGACUGGAACGUGAAGCUGCACCAGGUGGACAAGGACUCGGUGCUGUGGCAGGACAUGAAGGAGACGAACACAGAGUACAUCCUGCUCAACCUCACCUUCCCCGACAACUUCCCCUUCUCGCCGCCCUUCAUGAGGGUGCUUAGCCCUCGCCUGGAGAACGGCUACGUCCUGGACGGCGGGGCCAUCUGCAUGGAGCUGCUCACCCCUCGCGGCUGGUCCAGCGCCUACACCGUGGAGGCCGUCAUGAGGCAGUUCGCCGCCAGCCUGGUCAAGGGGCAGGGCCGUAUCUGCAGAAAAGCUGGCAAAUCAAAAAAGUCAUUCAGUCGAAAGGAAGCUGAAGCAACAUUUAAGAGUUUGGUGAAGACCCAUGAAAAAUAUGGGUGGGUCACCCCACCGGUCUCUGAUGGCUGAUGUUAGCAACGUGCACUUGACAAAAAUGCUGAACAAAAGUACUGUGACAUCUCCUCAGUGCUGUACACCGCCCAUCCUUUUCUACUUCAGCUUCAGUUACAUACCAUGAAUGUCAAGGAGAC